GGAUUGGAAUCUUAGGACUUCGCUUAGAUAGCAGGAAUGCACUUCGGGCUCGGAGUUUUUCCAGUGCUGUUUCGGCUGAGAGCGACGAGUUAAUUUAUUAAAAUUUACCAGGGGACAAAAACAGUUCAGGGACAUCUUAAAACAAAUAAGGGAUAUACAUUUAAACAGCUGAAAUCUAGUUAUUUCGAGUUUUCGUCGAUUAUAGUUUGGCUACGUAAACAGGCAACAGCAAUAGGUAAAGUUUUUUCUCUCAAUAAUUUAGUUAAUGAAUUAGAGUUUUGUUCAUUUGAGCUGUGUGUCCAUUAUCGUUGGACUAUUAGUGGAGCGAAAUACUUUCUACAUUUGCUGAUAUUUCUUUGUGUGGCGUAGUGGGCGUGUUUUUGUGCUUACAAUCAGGAAGUGACUGACGCCAUUUUCGUGCACUUUUUCUGCGCCAUCUCAAACUUCGGUAUACGCCGUGUAUAGCCGAGCGCUCCGAGGACGCUGCCAUCGAGGGACGGGCGUCGCUUUCGUCGCUAGUUACAUCUUCGUUUCAACACAGCUUUGUGCGACGCCACGGCGGCUGAGCCCAGGGGAGCUGCAGCGCUCGCUAGGCACAUUCCGCUUGCUGGAUUUGACAACAAAAACAGUCGAUGUAUCUGCCUUCUGAUUUGCAAGCCAUGCUUGGGGAAACGUUCAGUUCUCACGAUGGACUAAGCCUCGAUAAUAUCGAGAACAAGCCGCUGACCUCGCAUCUGAGCAAACGACAAGCCCUGCACAAGAAGGGCGGCAGGAAAGCGCGUCCGAGCGCGGCCGGGCUGCAGAGCCGCUUCCACAGCCUGCAGCAGCAGCAGAGGCACACAGGCUCGCUGCGGGCAAACCCUGCGCGCUUCGCGGACAUCAACAACACCGUAGUGGCCGGAUCGAAAUCCCCCGCGGCCAAUUCCGAAGGCGUCGCCAGCCGGACGCAGACCACUGUACUCACACUCCACCAGCUGAAACAUGGAGCCAAAAAGGAGGUGCUGAAGUCAAAAUCGGCCCGGCCUGAGAAAGGGCUCCAGCCAAAUGUACCGGCUGUUCAUGGCCUCAAACACGAACAUGCAGCUCAGAACCGCAAUGGAUGCGGCCAGAAGAACCGGCACGUUAACGCACCCGGGGUGGCUACGUCGGCAAGGAGGGGUGACAGGAGGCAGCAGCAGAAGUCAAGCUCUCCUCUCUGCCACGAGGAGGAGGAAAAGGCACGCGAUGCGACCGACGACAGCAAGAUCAUAAGCGCCCACCCGGCCGAGCCUGUUGCCGAAGACAGCCUCCGUGACGGAGAGAAGGUUUAUGCAGGUGCCAAGUUCAGCGAACCCCCCUCACCCAGUGUGCUGCCCAAACCGCCCAGUCACUGGGUGGGGGAAAAAGUCCCCCGGCACCGCGACCAAAGCAGAGAGCAGAUGACAGUGCAUCUAAAGACUUUACUUAAGGUCCAGGCAAACCCGUAAUUUCAAGAGACUUAAGUAUAAAUGAUCCAAACGGACAGACCCGUUAUAAUCUGACACCGAAGAUAAUGGAAAAACGGAAGCAGUUGUUGCAACAAAGUUUUUUGAGUUUUGGAAUUUUCAUUUCUGAUUUCUGCAGGACGUCCACCUUGUUUUCAAGGGACUUAAUGAACUUGUGUACAUGUAAAUAUUGUAAAAACAUGUAAUAUGUGUAUUUUCAUGUUAUUUUAAAAAGAGUAAAGUAUAGUUUUGUUACCUAAGAUUUGAAAAUAUACUGUGUGCCAUGAGAUGGACUCAUUGAUAGGCUGCAGUACCUAUCUGGGCACACUGACAGUGAGAAUAUAUUCUUACGUUUUUGCACAAGCAUGGAAGCGUCCGUGGGCUAUUUGAGUGACGAAGAUGCAAAGGACUGUGGCCUCUGUGAUGUACCUGAGACUCGUUCUCCUGGAGUGGCUGCUGAUCCUGUGGUCCGACCGGGCCGGGAAGCUGGGACAACAAUGUGAAAGUCUGCUGCGAAAUCGAGUUACCCGUGAUGGCCAGGAACACAGACGUUCACUGGGAAAUCACUAGGAAACCAAGAUGCUGGAAUGACAAUGUGAAAGAUUAAUAUAAUAAAAAGAAAGAAAGAAUAUCUGAUCUCAGAUGAAGACAAACUGCUGCAUAUUUGGCAUUCGAUUCCUCCAACUACCAGCACUGAGUUCUCUCUUUUUCCAUGAAGGACAUGACUGUUUUCAUACAUGUUCCAGUGGGUCAGCAUACUGCUGAGUCUUCAAACAAAAGGGGCAUUUUCAACCAAAAGUGAACAUUAAAAUCCAGAUUUGCAUGGAAUACUUCCGGAAGCUGGGCUGCUGGGGCUCUACAUUCUUUGAUCCAGUUGAAUUACACGGACUGGAAAACAUUUGGUUCCAAAAGUCAAAACAUUUUGUUGCAACAAUUUAUUUCACGUAUUGAAAAAUAAGCAUUUUUGCAUACCGCCCUACUUAUUAAUUGGAAGUUUGUAUGUUCAUUUGUGUUUCUGCAUUUGAGUGAACAUGCAUACAUACACAUACAUAAUUUUAUGUAUAUGUGUAUAAAUUAAAACAUAUUUGGCCUCCCCCUAA